GUUUAGAAACCUCUCAGAAGCCAACACAGCUGGCAAGAGGACAACAAAUAUGCCGCGGAAACUGAGAUCCACAAGCUCUGGUGACAAACCAUCAGUUGUCAGGAAGCAUGAUGACCCCACAAGUACAUCUCAAGAGGCUGGUGGUGCACCAUCAUCAAGAAGCUACAGUAGUGAACCAGGCCCAUCUAUAUCUCGACAAACUGAUGCUGCACGUUUAAGAAGAGGGAGCAACUACUCCCAUACAGGAGAUGGCAAAUCACAGACUAGGUCUUUUCUGGAUCUCCUUGAUGAAAGUGACUUCAGUGAGAGUGAUGAUGACUGGCUACCCGAGGCAGUGACGUCAUCUGGGAGACUAAUUGGAGUUGAAGAAGCUGUCACUUCUCGGACUCGGAUUCUGAAGAGGAUCUCCAGGAGAUAUCUGUAUCUUCAACUGCUGGGAGCCAAGAAGAUUGUUUUACCUACGAAAUAA